GUGUUGUCUGUCUCCCCGGCACUCACUCACGGCUGCUUCCAUCUAUCCAUGCAGUUCACUUCAUUGUAGUGACUGUGUUCAUCAAUUAAGCCGGUUUUACGCUCACUAGUUGUCUUUUUAGCACUUCCGAGUGGGAUCGUAAACCGCGGACUAAAUCGCAGAGAAGUUUUUGGGAGCGGGUUGAGCGGAGAGGACCGAAACAGAUAUGCCCUCAGUGAUGGAGCGCUCGGGGGCAGGGGUCCUGUCCAGGAGCAGAGCCAAGACUGUAACCAACGGCAACAGCCUGCCACACUCUGAGGAAGAGAGCAGCGAUGAAGAGCAUGCUCAUGACAGUAUGAUCCGAGUGGGCGGAGACUACCAAGCUCAAAUCCCAGAGUUCAAACCAGACAGCCCAAACCGCUACAAUGAGAAAGACCAGAGGAGCAUGUUGGUGUGGUGUCCCAACAGUCAGCUGUCUGAUGCAAUGUUGGACGAGUACAUCCUGAUGGCUAAAGAAAAACACGGAUACAACAUGGAGCAGGCCUUGGGCAUGUUGUUGUGGCACAAACAUGACGUGGAGCGCUCUCUGGCCGACCUCGCCAACUUCACCCCCUUCCCGGACGAGUGGACAGUUGAGGAUAAAGUGCUGUUUGAACAGGCCUUCAGUUUCCACGGCAAGAGCUUCCACCGCAUUCAACAAAUGCUGCCAGACAAGUUGAUCUCUAGCUUGGUAAAGUACUACUACAGCUGGAAGAAGACCAGAACCAGGACCUCAGUGAUGGACCGACAGGCCAGGAGACUGGUCAGCAAGAGAGAAAAAGAUGACAGUAAUGAAGACCUAGAAGGAGAUCCAGGCAGUGACAGUGACUUUGAGAUUGACAAUAAGAAAGAGGCAGUGAAACAGAACCCCAGCAGCACCAGCUCUGAAAAGGUCAUCCCCAGUCGAUCUGGGCCGAUAAAGAAGGAGAAUAUUGGAGCUCAGUACCGCCACCACCCACUUAGAGCCCGGCGCAGGCCACCAAAAGGCAUGUACCUGGAACAGAAGGACAUCAUGUCGCUUUCAGCCUCUCAAGAUUCUGGAGUUUUAACAAUACGGCAGCUGGACACACAGUUGGUGUCACUAAAGAGACAAGUUCAGUCUAUUAAACAGAACAACAGUAUUUUGAAACAAAGUCUAAAUGAAGGUGUGGAUGGUCUCAAACCUGCGGAGCCUGCCUCAAAGAUGAACUCUCGCUGGACCACAGAGGAGCAGCUCCUGGCUGUGCAGGCCAUUCGACGUUAUGGUAAAGACUUUGUGGCCAUUGCAGAAGUGAUCGGGACCAAGACACCGGCUCAGGUGGGCUCAUUCUUCGUGAGCUACCGGCGCAGAUUCAACCUGGACGAGGUGCUGAGGGAGUGGGCGGCCGAGCAGGUGGCCACCAACCGAGACCAAAGGGACCACAGGAGGAGCAGCGAGGACAUCACUGCAACUACAGAUGGAGUUCCAGAGAAUGAAGAGGUCAAAAUGGAGGACUCUCCGUCAGAUGCUGCCGGCAGCUCCUCUUCUCCCUCUUCCACCCAGACCCUUUCAUCUCUCUCCCAGCCUCCUCCACUGCUACGUCCCGCGCCUCCCUCGGCUCCGCCCAGCCUCCUGCGCCAGCCCCCGCCUCUCCAGACACGCCCGCUCCAGAACCGAACGCCCCACAACCACCCUCCACCUCCACUCAUCCGUCCUGCUGUGACCUCCUCUUCCUCCUCUGGCAGCUCCUCCUCCUCCACUGCAGCAGGGCAGCUGCCUCCAUCACUGGUCGGGCACAAAGUGGAGCAAACCAACUCGCACUGAUAACACACACAAACACACACACACACACACACACACACACACACACACACACACACACACACACACACACACACACACACACACACACACACACACACACACACACACACACACACACACACACACACACACUGGUAGGAGUAGAGAUACACACAAACACACACAUUAGCAUGCAGACACGCUGUCUCUCUCCUCUCAUUGCUCCUAGCCUUCUUAAGCAUCACAUGACCAAGAUAUCAGUUAAAACACUCGGGUCACUGAGGUGACGACACAGAGUGUAAGGGCCACUGAACUAGUUCACUUUGUGAAGGGGUGAUUAAAGAACCCUUUACUGUAGUGACAGACACCUACCUCCAGACCAUAGCUCUCUAGUGCAACAAACAAACACACACAUACACACACACAAACUAGCUGGGAACUGAAAAUGAACACUACCUACACACACACGCCUCCAGGACUAAACAAAGACACACUGGAUCAUCAAGCUGUUGAGAAGCCAUGACCGCCAACAGCAAACCCAGCUGCUCGUCUCCAUGGCAACUGUUGAACAUCUGGAUUGUGGCAGAGUGUAGUAGAACACACACACACACACACACACAUACAUAACUAUAUUGUUGGUUUUGCUGAACAGGUAUCGUGUAUCCAAACCACCAUCAGGAAAAAAAAAACGAACAAUAAAUAAAUGAGGGAAAGUGAAGAUGAAUGAAAAAGAGGAAGAGUUGCCCACAUCUGAGCCAAACCUGCUGCUCCUCGUGGUGAUCUCAAACAGGAAAUGAAGAAAUACACCUUUUUUUCCCCCUUGUGCUUUAAACCUUGAAGAGCGGGAGAUCUCAGUUCUCCCUCUUCUCUCAUAGCCAUGUGUGUUACUAGUAUUAACUGGAAUGAUGUUUUUUUUUUUCUUUUCUUUGACUAGACUUUUUAAAAAGGUGAGCCCUAGAUAGGCAGUUAGUGGCUGUAAGUAGUUUAGAUAGUGCAUACUUUAUUAUUAUAAUUCUGGUGGUAAUUAUUGACUUUUAACAUGUGACUGGACUGGUUGACAUUUAGCCACAGCGUGUUUUCACUGGUUUCACUGAUGUUGAAGUCCUGUUGCUUCACAUCGAGGAGGAUUUUCAGUUUUCAGCACAACAAGGCACCAACCUCUGUAACAUGUGCGAUGCGACUGACUUUUAAUAAUCUCUUUUUUUUUUCGUUUACGCUGAACUGAAAAAAACAAAACAAAAUCGAAAUGUUCUGCCAAAGUUGUGUUGUUGCUUUAAAAGCAUGUUGUGGUUUCUGUGUCUGCAGCUGUUGAGCCUCAGUGAGGAGUCUGACAUGGUACAAUGUUGGUUUACUGUCCUACAUGUUAGAAACAUGGUAGGAAAUCAGGUUAUUUACUUUGCUGUGAGAGUUAAUCAGGUGGAGAGUGACACUGUAUGAAGCGAACACACACACACCCAGCCUUGUUCUGUCCAUUUCAAAUCUGAACAUUUCUUUACUUACACGUUGACUUUUACAUGUUUACACAUUAAACAGUCACGUUAAUUACCAAGUUUUACGGGAGCUGAUAAGAUUUUUUUUUUGCCUUUGGACCAAAGCAGCACGUGUUUCCCUUGGUUUCCAGGCCAGCAGCUGAUGCUAAGCUCAGCUACAGACAGAUAUUUUCUCUCUGUGAUGCAAGACGUUGUAUAACAAACUUUUAAUUUAGGUCACUAUUUCCAUAGCACAUCCAAAAAAACAUCACUGGCUGCUUAAAAUUGAAUUGUGGAUUGUCUGUCUUAUUUUCAACCAAGAAUGUUGAGGUCAUUCCAAAAGAUGCACUGACGACGAUGUGAAGUGGUUUGAGUGCAGUUAAGGCAGCUUUUUCUGUGGUACUUCAGAGUCUUGUGGAAUAAGUUCCUGCUCUAUUGAGUCAAACCGGUUGAUGAAUUUAGAGGAUGAACUGUCAGGGAAAUGUGAGCUGUGCCACAGAGCAGGUUUCUGCCGCGUUAAUGCUCCAUACUGAUGUUGUUUACUGGUCUGUGUUGUGGUUUUUUGCCUCCUGACGUUGUGGCACCAGACGACGUGAACAGGCAUAGACGACUUAACAGUGUUUUCCUUGUUGUUAUUGUUUUUUGUCCUGUUGCUGCCUCUUUCUUCCCCUCAUGUACCAGUGUAUCACUGCCUUCCUUACAAGCAGAUCUGGGAUCGGACGUCACAAAAACCCUUUGUUUGAACUGUGUUCAGUGCUGCUGCUCUCUCAGUCUCACCUCACAUGACGCCUUCAGUGUUGACUUUAAUGAGAAGUCAACACUGUUUAAUGCUACAUUUGGCUUUAAAGUGGCUCGCCUUUUCAACCUUGCUUGGACUCCUUUGUUUCCAAAACUGCUUGUGUGUACUGUAUGUGAGAAGCUGUUUACAUUGUGGAAACCUUUUUGUUUUUUUUAGUAAUAAAGAAAUGACCAAAAUAA